AUGGCAUCGAUUCUUACGACCCGCUUCGGAACAGCUCUCAGGCAGAAGACGAUUUUCUAUGGAGCAAAGCAGACAGGAUCAAUGACAAGGUUCGCUCGAACUCCAGCCAGCAGUAGCAGCAACAGCAACCUGAUCAGUUCCGCAGUCCGCACAAACUGGGCUGCAGCUAGCUUUUCAACAGCCUCAGGUGUUCAAUUUGCUAAGCGUGGACGUCCAGGACCAGGCGAAGGAUUCGCCGUCAACUUUAUUAUGCAGGAUGGCGAGGAGAUUUCGGUACAGGCACAUGAAGGGGAGAGUCUGUUGGAUGUUGCUUGGGCGAACGACAUUGACAUUGAAGGUGCAUGCGAGGCUUCACUAGCAUGCUCGACCUGUCACUUGAUCCUGGACCCAGACUCAUAUUCUAAGCUGGAAGAGCCCACAGAUGAAGAAAACGACAUGCUGGAUCUUGCCUUUGGCUUGACUGACACAUCCCGCCUCGGUUGUCAAGUGCUGAUGAACAAGGAGAUGGAUGGAAUCGUCGCCAAGCUCCCCACGAUGACUAGGAACGCGUAA